AGGAGAAAACGAUGAAAUGCUGCCAUUAUAAUGGGGACCAAAGGGCCCGCUGGCUGUCCGACACCCGAUCUCCUCUUUGGCUCUGGCUUCCUUUUGUCCCAGUAUUUCAUAUCUGAAAUAUACACACACCCUUUAAAAAAAAAAAAGCCCUGGAUGCUGCAGCAGCGAUGGACCUGAAGCUUGGCGUUUGCGUGCUCAGACAUGGGGAAUAAACAGACCAUCUUUACCGCAGAGCAGCUAGACGCCUAUCAGGACUGUACAUAUUUUACAAGAAAAGAAAUUCUCAGACUGUUCGACCGCUAUCGGGAUUUGGCCCCGCAGCUCGUUCCCCUUGACUACACCGGCCAGCCAGAUGUGAAGUUACCGUAUGAGCUGAUUGGCAGCAUGCCAGAGUUGAAGGACAACCCGUUUCGCCAGAGGAUCGCUGAGGUUUUCUCUGAGGACGGAGAGGGAAACAUGACGCUGGACGACUUCUUGGACAUGUUUUCAGUUCUGAGUGAGAUGGCGCCGCGCGACCUCAAGGCUUACUACGCUUUCAAAAUUUAUGAUUUCAACAACGACGACUUCAUCUGCCAGUCGGACCUGGUGAAGACGCUGAACAAACUGACCCGCAACGAGCUGACGGAGGACGAGGUGCGGAUGGUGUGCGAGAAGGUCAUCGACGAGGCCGACCUGGACAACGACGGACGUCUGUCCCUGGAGGACUUCCAGCACAUGAUUGUCCGAGCUCCAGACUUCCUCAGCACCUUCCACAUAAGGAUAUAAAGAAACGAAGCAACAGUGUAUAUUUGUUAAUCUCAAUCACCCCCAAAUCAACCAUCUCAUCAAUAACUAAUGUUUUUCUUCAUAUUGGAAAAACGUUCUGAUCAGAGAUGAUCUGACGUUGACAUUUAGCAUCCAGAGUGGGUACUUUGAGAAACGCCUUUCCUUUAACGGGGGCAUUGCUGUAAACACAUUCGACUUAUAUGAACGUACAGCCUCCGCGCCGGAAUUUUUCAAUUGUCGCAGCUGCAGAAAUAACGCGUGUCACGGUGCGACUGCGGCACGCUCAUAUCAUCACAAGGAGGUAGAAGCCAACUCAUCAAGACAAGGCUCAUUAGUUAUGACCAUCAACAGUCGAUUUGUGUUUUGUAUGGAAAGGGGUUCAGUUACACGGGACUAUAAGAGACGCGCAUGCCAGAAUAGUGGGUCAUAGAGGGCCAAUAAAAGGAGAGCCAUUCCUCAUUAAAGAGGUUGAGCUCCAUUGUGGUCGACUGACAGUGUCCUCUGACAGCCAAUAAAGACAGUGAGGAAAGAAACUUUUAUAAUUUUAUUAAAUCAAAAGUACACAUAUCUACAAAUUGUAGAUACAUUUUCAUAUGGGUUUAGAAAGUACAGUACAAUUUAAGUAGAUCUUUUUCUCAAUGUGAUAUUUACAAUGUCUUUUUCACUUCUUUUUUUUUUUCCAAAACGUAUUUGAUUAUUCUCCCUGUGUACUUCACAAUCGAUGGAAUGAAAAUAUGGCUGUAAAAAGGGAUAUACAGUAAAAUAUUAAAGGAUAUGAUUUAAAAAAACAAAGAAAAUCUGAGUUUCAUUUCAGCUGAACUUUAUGCCAUUUGAGUUCCACAAAAGGUCUUCUCUCUAUGUUGGUCUAUGACUUUAAGCUACAGUAUCACUCAAACGAGACAAAAGCAUUAAUUACCACAUUUAAACGUCCAGCCGCUUCCUACUUGAUCUUCCGUCAUGCCGCGGGCGUUGUUGUAGCAACGCCAUUUCUACACAGUCCUGUGUUUGACUCAGUGAGUGACACAAAGAAAACAAAAAGCCCACCGUGUCGACUGUACGGCUCUACAAGUAUGUCGGUAAAUUACAUCACACAAAGAUGCACAGGUCCAAGAUUCACAAUGCAUAGCUCACCUAUGACAGUACUGAGGGCUAGCGGUUAAGACAAAUGGCCAUGGUAGUCAUGAGGUCCCGAAUUAUUAGAUAUUCAAACAAAAAGAAAAGUGCAGGCAAGCAAAAAGCGAAACUUCCCUCAAUAAUGUGCAUAUAGGAGAUCGGUUUUCAGACGCGUUACAAAUGAAGAAAGGAUUAAUGAGGAGCAGUGGAAACACAGGAGACUCAACAUCAAUGUAAAAUAGAGGGUACGUAUUCACUAAUUCCGACGG